AUACCGUUAACACUAUGAAACAAUCCAUCUCUUCGUAGCAAUAUGGCAUCCUCACUUGCAUUCUUUCUUCCCUUUCUGCUCCUAUUCUUGUCCAUUUCUCAUGCCCAACGCUCGUUUCGGCCCGAUGCUCUCGUUCUUCGGGUGAGGAAAGACGUGUCUACCCUUCAAUAUGUCACCAUGAUCAACCAAAGAACACCUCUAGUGCCUGUAAACCUCGUCGUCCAUCUUGGAGGUCAGUUCUUGUGGGUGGAUUGUGACAACAACUACGUUUCAUCCUCUUACCGGCCUGUUCGUUGCCGGUCCGCUCAAUGCUCCCGGGCUGGGUCCACUUCCUGUGGUGAUUGCUUCAAUGGGCCAAGACCCGGCUGCAACAACAACACGUGUGGUGUCAUUCCUGACAACCCUUUCACCCGUACCGCCACUGGUGGCGAGCUCGCUGAGGAUGUCGUCUCCGUCCAAUCAACUGAUGGCUCCAAUCCCGGCCCAUUGGUCACCGUGCCUCGGUUCAUAUUCUCGUGCGCGCCCACGUUUCUCCUCCAGGGCCUGGCUAGCGGGACAACAGGCCUAGCGGGUCUUGGCAGGGCCCGGAUUGGGUUUCCCUCGCAAUUCGCUGCCGCCUUCAGCUUCCGCCGGAAAUUCGCCAUUUGCCUGUCGGCCUCAGCCAAUGGAGUCAUAUUUUUCGGCGAUGGCCCAUACAACUUCCUCCCCAAUAUCGAGAUCUCGCAACUCAGAUCCACGCCGCUAUAUAUAAACCCAGUCAGCACAGCGUCGGCUUUCUCUCAAGGCGAGCCCUCCACCGAAUACUUCAUCCGCGUGAACUCCAUCAGAAUCGAGGGCAACCCCAUCACAAUAAACACCACACUGCUGAACAUCGACAGCCAAGGCAACGGCGGAACGAAGAUCAGCACCGUCAACCCUUACACUCUGCUGGAAACCUCCAUCUACAGGGCAUUCACCUCCGCCUACAUUCAAGCAGCCGCAGCCAGGAACAUCAGCAGAGUCGCCGGAGUCGCGCCUUUCGACGUGUGUUUCAGCAGCGAAAACGUUUUCAGCACGCGGGUGGGGCCGUCUGUGCCGUACAUCGACCUGGUAUUACAAGGGCAGGACGCUGUCUGGACGAUCACGGGUUCCAACUCGAUGGUUCAGGUUAAUGACAAUGUUCUGUGUCUCGGGUUCUUGGAUGGAGGGUCGAACCCCAGGACGUCGAUCGUGAUCGGAGGAUAUCAGUUGGAGGAUAAUCUGUUGCAAUUCGACUUGGCUGCUUCGAGGUUGGGGUUCAGCUCCACGUUAUUGGGCAGGCGAACUACGUGUGCCAACUUCAACUUCACAUCCAAUGCCUAGAAAAUUAAAAUUGAAUUUCAAUCGUCCGUUUUUAAUAUGCAUGUUUGUGAUUGUAUACUAUUUAUUUGAUAUACUUGGAAUAAUCGGAAGCAUAUGCUAGUUUCACUGAUUAUCAUUAUGUUGUUCAGCUUUUAAUUUUUGAAUAGUAAUUAAAAUAAAAAUAUAUUGAUUUA